AUGGCCUGGCCAGACAACUUCCAGAGAGGAACACUCAUGUCCCGCUUUAGCCACCAUCAUGUCGUUGUGUUCCUGCUUACCUUCCUAAGUUACUCAUUAUUCCAUGCUUCAAGGAAGACGUUCAGCAAUGUCAAAGUCAGCAUCUCUAAGCAGUGGACCCCGACGGCUUUCAACAAGUCAGCUGAGUUGCCUGUGGAGAUCUGGAAUAGCAGCCACCUGUUCCCCAGUGCGGAGGGUGCUACACUCUUCCUGGGCACCCUGGACACCAUUUUCCUCUUCUCUUAUGCUGUGGGCCUCUUCAUCAGCGGCAUCAUUGCGGACCGGCUCAAUCUGCGAUAUGUCCUGUCAUUUGGCAUGUGUUCGUCUGCGCUAGUGGUGUUUGUGUUUGGCACCGUCACAGAGUGGCUGCAUUUUUACAACAAGUGGUUCUACUGCUUCCUGUGGACCAUCAAUGGGCUGCUGCAGUCCACCGGCUGGCCCUGUGUGGUCGCCGUCAUGGGCAACUGGUUCGGGAAAGCCGGGCGGGGAGUUAUUUUUGGUCUUUGGAGUGCCUGUGCAUCUGUGGGCAACAUCCUGGGAGCGGUCCUAGCCUCUUCCGUCCUUCAGUUUGGCUAUGAGUAUGCCUUCCUGGUGACGGCGUCUGUGCAGUUUGCCGGUGGAGUCGUCAUCUUCUUUGGUCUCCUGGUAUCACCAGAAGAAAUCGGUCUCCCAGGAGUCGAAGCAGAGAAACCUUGUGAAGAAGACACGCACAGGCCGCUCAUGAACGGUGCUGAAAAUGAAGACGAGUAUGAGCCCAAUUACUCGAUCCAGGACCGUGGUGCUGCUGUUCCUCAAGUCAAGGCUAUAAGCUUCGGCCAGGCGUGCUGCCUCCCUGGGGUUGUGCCGUAUUCGCUGGCCUACGCCUGCCUGAAGCUGGUGAAUUACUCCUUCUUCUUCUGGCUACCUUUUUAUCUGAGUAAGAACUUUAAGUGGAAGGAGGCCGAAGCCGACCAGCUGUCCAUCUGGUACGAUGUUGGAGGAAUCAUAGGGGGCACCCUCCAGGGCUUCAUCUCUGACCUGCUCCAGAAGAGAGCCCCUGUUCUGGCGCUGAGCCUGCUGCUGGCCACCGGGUCCCUUGUGGGAUACAGCCGCUCACCUGACAACAAGUCCAUCAACGCCCUUCUGAUGGCGGUCACAGGGUUUUUUAUCGGGGGACCUUCUAACAUGAUCAGCUCUGCGAUUUCUGCGGACCUGGGGCGCCAGGAGCUAGUUCGAGGGAGCAGUGAGGCUCUGGCCACGGUCACGGGCAUUGUUGACGGUACUGGGAGCAUCGGCGCUGCUGCGGGCCAGUAUCUGGUGUCUUUGAUCCAGGACAAACUUGGAUGGAUGUGGGUGUUCUAUUUCUUCAUUCUCAUGACGAGUUGCACGAUUGUGUUCAUCUUACCGCUAGUUGUGAGGGAAAUACGCCAACUUGUACAAAGGAGGCAGACUCCUACAGCAAGUGACUGA